UAGCCCCCUCCCCUGCCACCAAAAAACUCCACCACUCACUCAACCCAGGACACCCAGCCCCUUUGCAGCCCGUGUCUGGCUGGUGGGAUGGCCGGAGCCUGCUUUGGCAGCUCCCCCGGGGACCUGCCUGGGGGUGCCUGGGGAUGCUUCGCAGGGUGCCAGCCCCUGCAGCUCUGUGGUUUUCCCCCCCCGGGCUCUGCCACGCCUUCCACACUGGGUGAGACUGGUGGAUCCCACACCCCACGUGCUCCCCCAGCACAACUUGGCUGAGCUUUUCCAAGGCCUCUCUGUCGUCUUGCUCACCCAAAGGCUUGGCAUCCUCCGGAUUCCUCUGGGACAGAUCGGCAGGGCACUUCAUUUUUCAGGAAGAUUCCUUUUGACUCCUUUGCUUCUGCUGGGGCCCCACCAGCGUUGGGCAUGAGCUGUGCACAGUGGGCAUCGCCCCCAUGUUCACAGACCAUGCAGGUGCUGAGGAAGGACCUUCUGUCCCAGCUUACAGCUGCAGCGUGGGGAACAAGUCCCAUUCCCCCUUUUUGCAGAAGAGCUGUUUCAGCCAGGGCUGGGAACAUCACCCCAUGACAUGAGUAACCCCAGUCACCUGCGUGGCUUUCCUCAGGACAUGGGCAGAGCUGCCAGGAGAGCUGGACAUCCUGACCGGUUCAGGACAGUGUUGGAUGUGGGGCCCCUUGUCCAGUGUCUCAGUAGAUGCUUCCUGGUGGCAAGCAUAUUCCUGGAGCUGGGCAAGGCUGGGUUGUCGCCUCUGUCACCUCUCCCAUGACAAGACAGCAAGUUUUACAGCUCUUAAGAAACCACCUGUUCCCAUUUAGCACCAUUAGCUAUACCCAGCUGGGGCACGUGCAGCUUGUUAGUGCUCCCCGGCUGCAGUGCCCCGUCACAUUUAGCUUCACCAGAUUGUCCAGGUACCAUCUAGGCUGCUCGCCCGGGUUGCCCACACAGAUGUGAUGCCCCCAGACCCGGAGCUCUCCACCAGCUCCUGCUCCUCAGAUCCUGGCUUUGCCUGUUGCCCUGCCCGCACCUCGCCCCGUGCGCUGGCAGGACACGGGGGCACAGCACAGCUUUCCCUCCUGAGACCCCCUCUGGACAUCUCCUUGCAGCAUCACACCAGGUGACAGGUUUCUUUUUAGUUCUCUUGUGCCCUAAGACUUCAUUUAAAAACAGCACUCACCGUUCCUCACGAGGUGAUUUCCCAGACAUUAAGUGUGGCCUCACCCUUCAUCUCUCCAGCUCUGCCCUCGCUUUUGCACCUUGCACAGUGCUUGGGUGAACAUUGCUUCUUCAUGUACUGGCAUUUACCCCUCGCUUUUCUCCUUACAGCCCCCAAGGAGGUCAUGGCAACACCAUUAGCUUUGCCUUCUUCCUUUCCCGCAGUGGCACGCUUGUCCCCGUGUCCCACAGGCUGGCUGCCCUUGGCUCGGCUACAGCUGAGCCAAGCUGAAUGGUGGUGGCCAACCAUCUCCAGGCAAGUCUUCCAAGUGUCACUUCUGAGGCUGGGAGGGGGCACAAUGUUACAGGUUGUGGACAACCACCCUCCCCGGUGCAGCAGAAACUGCCUUCUCACCAGUGGCAUCUUCAGAUGUCUUGUCCAGGCAUGGCCAAAUAGACCAGAAGGACCUCAUGGGCCUUUCUGCUCACCCAUUGUCCUCCCUGAGCUCAGUGUCCUUACCUAAUAACAGGCCAAUGCUUAUAGCAGGAUGUAUUUUUUCCACACUCAGCCAGAUUUUCUGUGAAAUCCACUUUGCAUAGGUUGUUGGGAUUUUUUUUUUUUUUUAAACCGGCAAUGUAAGGACAGGGAAGUGGCUGCCCUGAGCUGGACUGUGGGGCCCCACUGUGGUGUCACAGCUGCUCAGGAUCGCUGGAGGAAGGACACACACCCUGGGCUGUGUUCACACCACGGACCUGCCUUGAGACACUGGCUCCUUGUGUGUGGAAGCCCUUGAUGGAGUUCAGCCAGUCAUGCAUUGGCCUAACCAUGCUUUCAGCCCCAGGUGGUGUGGUGUGGUUGUGUUGUGGUUGUGUUGGGUUUGGUUUGGUUUGGUUUGGUUUGGUUUGGUUUGGUUUGGUUUGGUUUGGUUUGGUUUGGUUUGGUUUGGUUUGGUUUGGUUUGGUUUGGCUUGGCAGCAUAUGGCAAUGAGCUCUGCAGCUUAAUUUUGGCUUUAUCAAGCAGAAGAAUCCUCUUUUUAUUUGGUUUCUUGUGUCCCUUGCUAGUGCUCGGCCCUUAAGGAGCACAUUUACAAUACUCUCUCUCAACAUUUGCAGCAGCUGCACCUUCUGGGGUGGGUUGGAGGCUAAAGAUCAUGAGAUGAGACCAUGUCUGUUGGGUAGGACUAAUGGUGAAGGCCCCAAAGCACCAUCCCCUUUCCCUGCCAUUCACUCCUGGCUCAACCACCGUCUCACUCACCCCAUCCCCCCCCCGCCCUCUCCAGGACCCCUGAGCCUCAAUGGGGCUUGGGGACACUGAGCAGCUCGGUGACCCACGGGCUCGGCUCUUAGCAGGGAAGCUCACCAUGAUGGGUAAAAUGCUCCACUGAGUCAGGAGGCUUCGAAGAAGCGUUUCUGGCAAAUAGCACCAUCCCCUCCCUGGGCAUCCUCAUCUGUCGGAGAGUUUUGAGCAGUAAUUACACCGAUACAACCCGGCUGGGAGAGGGUGGGGUGGAGCAGCGUGCUGCCCACAGGGUGCACGAGCUGGGGACAUGGCGAUGGGUCCCACCUGCUGCUCCCCCGCCCCAGGCUGAUGCAGAGGGGAGAUGCUCUGUAUCCUUGUGGCUCCCCUGGGGGCUUGGUGUCCCAGAGGUGGGGGGGGGGGGGGGAUGGAAUUUUCCUUCCCCACAUCCUCCUCCUGGCUCAGCAGCUUUGUCCCCAAGGAGCCAGGUGACCCCAUGUCAUCCUGUUAAUUACCUUCUGGCUAAUCCCGGCUGAGCCGAGCUGGGGCCAGCAAGGCUCGGCUGCUGGCCAUGGCUGCGCACACCCCUCUGCCCCGAAACCUCCGCCGGGGCUUGGCGGCGUUCAGCGGCUCCCUCUUCAUCAACAACAAGACGCGGGACAGCGGCGCUGCCCACCCCUACCCCCCAGCCCGCGAGGUGCUGAGCAGCCUGCCCCUCCAGAUGAUGCUCUACUUCAACGUCUACUACUUCCCGGUCUGGUGCCUGGCCGAGGGGAUGAUGCUGCAGCUGAAGUACCACCUCCUGCCUCGGCACUACCAGUUCCUGCUGGUCGCUGCUUUCCUCAUCCUCACCGUGGGCGAGGGCUCCCGCCUCUACCUGGGCUACAUGGGGAACCUGCAGGAGAAGGUGCCCGAGCUGGCUGGGUUCCUCCUCCUCUCCUUCCUGAUCCAGCUCCCGCUCCUGCUCUUCCUGCUGACGGACAGCCACAUCACCCCCCUGCCGCUGGAGAUGGCUGUGCACAGCCUUUUCCUGGCCUUCCUCGUCGCCGAGAUCGUGGCUGCCUUCCUGGCACUGAAGACCAUGACCAAGCAGCUGGCGGCACAGUUCUACCUGCGGCCAUUCAAGGAGGGCAGCUGAGCAGUGGCGAUGCGGGACCCCUCCAUCCCUGCCAGGGAGCAUUAAACCAUGCUCGAUCCCCC